UUGCAGUCCAGCUCCAAACCUUAGUGGGGUCCCCACAGCAAGGGUGACCAUGAACAACGAGAGUGCCCAGGGCCACGGAGCGAGGACUCCGAUGCUCCAGGCAGCCAGGGGCCUAAAGGCCAACCUGAGGGAUGCAGCCACCAGACCCUGGAGGAGCCUGGCCAGGAUGCCGAAGCCCGAGGUGCAGGACCCGGAGGCAGCAGCUGCAGGACAUGAGGGCUAUGAACCGCACAGCCCUGCACUUUGCCGUGGGGAGGAAUAGUUUAUCUGCAGUGGAUUUCUUACUGAGACACAAAGCCAGGGUGGAUGUUGCUGACAAGCAUGGUUUGACAGUCAUUCACCUGGCAGCCUGGUCUGGAAGCUUCGAGAUCAUGCUCAUGCUAGUUAAAGCUGGAGCAGACCAGAGAGCCAAGAACCAGGAAGGAAUGAACGCUCUCCACUUGGCAGCUCAGAACAACAACCUGCACAUUGUGGACUACCUCAUUCACGACUUGCACCUGCAGGACCUGAACCAGCCCAAUGAGAGAGGAAGAAAACCAUUUCAUUUGGCAGCUGAGAGGGGCCACGUUGAAAUGAUUGAAAAGCUUGUCUCCCUUAAUCUCCAUACCUCAGAAAAAGACAAGGACGGGAACACGGCCUUGCACCUGGCUGCAAUGCAUGGUCACAGCCCAGCCGUGCAAGUGCUACUAACUCAGUGGUCAGAAGUCAAUGAGAGCAAUGAGAAUGGAGAAACCCCAUUCCUGUUGGCUGUUGUGGGAGGUCAUGAAGAAUGCAGUCGAGUGCUCCUGGCAGGAGGAAGUGAUGUCAACAUUCCAAACAAACUCAAUGUCAGUGCCUUGCAGACAGCGACCCGGAAUGGCCACACAGCCCUUGUCAACUUUCUUCUCAGUGAGAAUGCUGAUUUGCAGCAGCAGAAGGAAUCUAAGGAGCCCCCUCUUCACCUAGCAGUUAUCAACAACCGUCCCGCAGUUGUGAACAGCUUACUAAGUGCUGGGCAUGAUGUUGAUGUCUUAGAUCAGAGGCGGCAGACCCCUCUGCACGUAGCUGCUGAUCUUGGAAAUGUGGAGCUGGUGGAGACACUGCUGAAGGCUGGCUGCAACCUGAAAAUCACUGACAAGCAAGGAAAGACUGCCCUGGCGGUGGCUGCCAGGAGCCAGCACAGCCUCGUCGUGGAUAUGCUCAUCAAAGCUGAGAGGUACUACGCUUGGAGAGAGGAGCUCCAUGAGAGCAUCCAGGACUCGGCGGUGAGCUCUACACUGACGUUCAAGCAGGACCAUAGUCUGGAGACCAGGCAUAUCCGCACACUGCUCUGGAACCUGGCCUAUCGGCAGCUGAAAAAGAAAGACUGGCAGAGGCUGGCCCGCUUGUGGAGUUUUACAGAGGACCAGAUCAGAGCCAUUGAGGAACAGUGGUCAGGUAAUGACAGCUUCCAUGAGCAUGGCUACAGGGCUCUGCUCAUCUGGCUGCAUGGGGCUCUGCUGACACAGCUGGACCCUGCCAAGCAGUUGUACGAGGAGCUAUUGUGUGCAGGAUUCCCAGAACUAGCUGAAAAGAUUCGGCAGUUCAAAAGCAAAACUGACUCAAGCUCCAAGAAAUGUGCAGUCUCCUAAGCUGAAGAACACUCCAAUAACUUUCCUCUCUCCCUUCAGUGUUGGUUCCUGAUGGCCACAGCCAUCCUGCAACCGACUGUUUUCCAGUACAGAGACAAUGCCCCUCCAGGGAUGCACAUGGACAUACCACCUCCCCACUGCUCCAGUCUACACAGUGUCUUUGCCUUUUUCUUGAGGCAAACUGUGUGUGACUUCCCCACUGUCAUUCGGUGCACACAUGGAACACCCUAGCUGAAAGGGCUCUGUCCCUGAAGUGACACUGGGAUCAGAGUGGUGGCUCCUGGGAAGCAGGGGAUAGGAGAUGCUGCUCUGAUGAUGGACUCUUGGAUGUGCGCAUGUCAGUAUGGCUGAAGUGCUCAUAUUUAGCUGCUUCCUUUCUGAUGGACAGGAUGUUUUCUCCAGAGACUGCAGUGUGGAUGAGGGAGACACCUGUGAGUGCUUGACCUCCAGCUAUGGUAUGUAAGCCAUGAGCUCUCAUCGCUGUAGAGAAAGUGCGUUUGGAAAUUCAUCACUGCUGGCUUUAUGCCACACAAGUGUAAUCUAUUAUUCAGAAAACAAAACAAAAAAACCAAACCUAAAACCAAUCCAAAACAACAACAACAAAAACCACAUACACACCAGUGAUUCUUAAGCCCUUCAUACUCUAAGUGUGGGUAAUUUUAAUUCUUUGUUCUUUCUGGUACAGUCUAUUUUGUUCAGAACAAACAAGCAUUACCUUUUGUAAUCUGAGAAAGUUACAAAAUGUACCAGUUGUUCGUUGUAUCAUUGUAAGCCUGCCUGGAGUCCAGUUCUGACUCCUGGUCUGGAAAAGCUGGUAAGAAAAUCAAGGACAAUUUAGUUAUCUAUCAUGAACUUACAGUUUCCAGUUUUUCUUACAUUGAUUAUAAGUGGCCCACUUAUUGCUAGAAAUGUUUAAAAGAGGCAGUGUAUUCACAAGAUUCAGAAUUUAAAAAGUCUCUCCUCAGUCUGUUCUUCAGCCCGGCCAGUUUCCACUGACCAUGGCAGCAUUCUCCUCCAUAUGUAAACUAGACACCAAUGUAGACUCUAGAGUAUUUCAUCAUCAAACUUAAUGUUCUUUGACUCAGGCCAUUGUGAAUUAUUUUGUGAUUAGACAACACGUGGUACUUUUAGAGUUACAUGAUGCCUGCAAUAGUCCCAGUUACAUCAGCUUACAUUAGGAUGUCUUUAUGACUUGGCUUGCAUACUAAAUCUAGGUCUGAGCUUAAACCAAGGUUUCUGUAGAAAAUAGGCAAGAUGCCAGGAGAAGCAAGGUGUGUCAACUUUGGCUAUCUGAUCCUAAGGACGUUCUUCUGAGAUGGGAUGGAUUAAUGCAUCGCAGGGCAGUUCAUACGGGGAGGGGUAGGGGAGGAGGAUGGAUUGAUGCAUUUGUCACUGUGUUUUAAAGAUUAAGUAUGUGUGAGUGUUCUGUCUGCAUGUAUGUACACACGCAUGCCUGGUGCCUGCAGGGGCCUGGAGAGGGUGUUGAGGUUUCUGGAACUGGAGUUACAGAUGGUUUAAAGUUGCCAAGUGGGCGCUGGGACCUGAACUGGGGUCCUCUGCAGGAGCAGCAUGUGCUUAGUGGUCCUGAGCUCCACACAGGGGCUUUGAUUCUGGAUCACAGGAGUGGUUUCUUAGGGGAGCCUACUGUUCCUUUUUUUUAAAUUAUGUAUUUAUUAUUU